CUGGUUCCCUCAGGUUCGGCGUCAAUAAGAACCUUUGUGUGUUUGGCUCUUAUUGUGGAGGGUUUGACCCGGAAGCAGCUAGCAGCGGAGCCGCAGAGCAGCGGCCGUCCUCCGGAUUCCUCCCCCGCUCCCAGAGCCUCUCUCUCGGCGGUGACAGACAGCUCCUGUGGCUCCGCGCUGCCGGUGGCUCCAGGCGGUCCGGCCGGGAUCUGCGACCCAGUGGGAUGUUAGUGAGUCCGGGCUUCUCACACGGAGCUGCUCGGGGCUUUUCUGCACGGAUCCGAGACAAGGAGCAUCUCCGCGGUUCUUCACCACCAUCCUCAUCCUCAUCUUCGGCUGCAGAGGUGUGAAACGUCAUGACUGGAGCUGAGACUGAGGAUGAUAUUCCUCUAGGAGAGCGGAAAACCGUCACCGACUUCUGCUACCUGCUGGAUAAAUCCAAGCAGCUGUUCAAUGGGCUCAGAGACCUUCCUCAGUACGGACACAAGCAGUGGCAGUCGUACUUUGGCCGGACCUUCGACGUUUACACCAAGCUGUGGAAGUUCCAGCAGCAGCACCGGCAGGUUCUGGAUACCAGGUACGGCCUGAAGAGAUGGCAGAUCGGAGAGGUGGCCUCCAAGAUCGGACAGCUCUACUACCACUACUACCUCCGGACCUCAGAGACCAGCUACCUGAACGAAGCCUUCUCCUUCUACUCGGCCAUCCGCCAGCGCUCCUACUACUACCAGGUCAACAAGGAGGACAGGCCUGAACUGGUGGUGAAGAAGCUCCGCUACUACGCUCGCUACAUCGUCGUGUGUUUACUGCUCAACAAGAUGGACCUGGUCAAAGUUCUGGUGAAGGAGUUAUCGGAGGAGAUCGAAGACUACACCCAGCGCUUCAACACGGAGGACCAGCUGGAGUGGAACCUGGUUCUGCAGGAAGUGGCGGCUUUCAUCGAGGCCGACCCGGCCGUGGUUCUGAACGACAACAACUCGGUGUUGGUGACCAGCAACCGGCUGCAGGACGGCAGCGUUCCCCCGCUGGAGCAGGGCAUGGUGGUCGGCCAGCUGGUCCUCGCCGACGCCCUGAUCGUCGGCAACUGCAACAACCAGGUCAAGUUCAGUGAGUUGACCGUCGACAUGUUCCGGAUGCUCCAGGCUCUAGAGAGGGAACCCGUCAACCUGGCAACGCAGACGUCCAAACAGGCAACGCUGGAGCCGAAUGAGAAACCAGCCAAGAGAGAAAACCCCCAUAAAUACCUGCUGUACAAACCGACCUUCAGCCAGCUCUACACAUUCCUGUCGGCUUCCUUCAAGGAACUUCCUGCCAACAGCGUCCUGCUGGUCUAUCUAUCAGCUACUGGAGUUUUCCCAGCGACACAUUUAGACUACGAAGCAGGUCCGUAUGACUUCGGCGGCGUUCUGACCAACACCAACAGGGACGUGGUGAACGGGGAGACGGUCCAGAAGAGGAACCAAGCCCAGAAAGAGAUGCACUGCCUUCAUCCUGGAGAUCUGUUUCCUUUCACCCGGAAGCCGCUCUUCAUCAUCGUGGAUUCCUCAAACAGCACCGCCUAUAAGAACUUCUCCAACCUGUUCGGCCAGCCGCUGGUGUGUCUGCUGUCCCCGACCGUUUACCCAAAGAGCGUCCAGGAUCAGUCUCAGCGCGGCAGCCUCUUCACGCUCUUCCUGUACUCUCCUCUGCUGGGCUUCUCCUCCGUCUGCGGCCUGAGCAGCCUGCGGCGCGGCCUGUGGGAGAACGCGCAGGACUUCCUGAGGAAGGUGUUCCGGGACAUCGGCCAGAUGCUGACCCGAUCCCGGAGCAUCGAUCAGGCCUUCCUGCAGUUCUUCGGUGACGAGUUCCUGCGGCUGCUCCUGAUCCGGUUCGUGUUCUGCUCGGCGACGCUGAGGCUACAUAAGCUGUUCCGGGAAUCCCGGAGCUUCCCGGAGUCGUACCCGGAGCUGCCGAAGCAGGACACGGUGGAGAGCGUUCUGCUGCAGAAGCAGGUUCUGGAGCUGGCCGCCAUGCUGGACGUUCAGAGCUUAUUCUGGGACGAUUCGCUGGAGAGCUACUAGCGCCUCCGCACUGGACUCAACCAGAACCAGAACCAGAACCCGCUCUGUUCUUUCCUUUGUAGUAUGAAGGUAAUCUUUUGUUCGUCCCGUCCGUCAUUUCCUCUGGAAGCAGGAGCGACGCUCCCGUCUGUCACCAGGAAGAGUCGUCUCAACGUGACCCAAGUCGUCUCAAUGUGACCUGAGUCGUCUCCAGAUGACCCCGAGUCGUCUCAACGCGACCCGAGUUGUCUCCGGACGACCCCGAGUCGUCUCAAUGUGACCCAAGUCGUCAUAACGUGACCUGAGUCGUCUCAAUGUGACCCAAGUCGUCAUAACGUGACCUGAGUCGUCUCCAGAUGACCCCGAGUCGUCUCUACGCGACCCGAGUUGUCUCCGGACGACCCCGAGUCGUCUCAACGUGACCCAAGUCGUCUCAAUGUGACCCGAGUCGUCAUAACGUGACCUGAGUCGUCUCCAGAUGACCCCGAGUCGUCUCAACGCGACCCGAGUUGUCUCCGGACGACCCCGAGUCGUCAUAACGUGACCUGAGUCGUCUCCAGACGACCCCGAGUCGUCUCAACGCGACCCGAGUCGUCUCCAGACGACCCCGAGUCGUCUCAACGCGACCCAAGUCGUCUCCAGACGACCCCGAGUCGUCUCAACGCGACCCCGAGUCGUCAUAACGCGACCCGUGUCGUCUCCAGAUGACCCCGAGUCGUCUUAAUGCGACCCCGAGUGGUCUCCGGACGACCCCGAGUCGUCAUAACGCGACCCCGAGUCGUUUCCGGACGACCCCGAGUCGUCUCAACGUGACCCAAGUCGUCUCAAUGUGACCCGAGUCGUCAUAACGUGACCUGAGUCGUCUCCAGAUGACCCCGAGUCGUCUCAACGCGACCCGAGUUGUCUCCGGACGACCCCGAGUCGUCUCAUCGCGACCCGAGUCGUCAUAACGUGACCUGAGUCGUCUCCAGAUGACCCCGAGUCGUCUCAACGCGACCCGAGUUGUCUCUGGACGACCCCGAGUCGUCAUAACACGACCCCGAGUCGUUUCCGGAUGACCCCGUGUCGUCAUAUCGCGACCCGAGUCGUCUCCGGACGACCCCAAGUCAUCAUAACACGACCCGAGUCGUCUCCGGACGACCCCAAGUCAUCAUAACGCGACCCGAGUCGUCUCCAGAUGACCCCGAGUCGUCUUAACGCGACCCCGAGUGGUCUCCGGACGACCCCGAGUCGUCAUAACGCGACCCCGAGUCGUUUCCGGACGACCCCGUGUCGUCAUAACGCGACCUGAGUCGUCUCCGGACGACCCCAAGUCAUCAUAACGCGACCCGAGUCGUCUCGAGACGACCCCGAGUCAUCAUAACGCGACCCCGAGUCGUCAUAAUGCGACCCGAGUCGUCUCCGGACGACCCCGAGUCGUCAUAAUGCGACCCUGAGUUGUCAUAACGUGACCCCGAGUCGUCAUAACGCGACCCGAGUCGUCUCCGGACGACCCCGAGUCGUCUCCACUGAGCCAGAUCAACACAAACAUUCACAAUGGGUUGUUUUAUAUUUAUUUAUUGUUGCCGUCGGUUUCGCAGUGACACCUGGAGGUUUGUUUAUCAGCUGACGGGCUGAGAUGCAUUCAGGUUCGCUCCAUUUAUUCCAGGUUCUUAACCAGAUCAUCUGGUUCCUCUGUGAGUCUUAGAGUUUCUCUUAUUGCUGUGAGUAAAUCCAUGUCAUUAGUUCUUCUCUGCAGAGAUAAAAGCACAAAACCUUCACAGCGCCCUCUAGUGGGACGCAGCGCUCUGGCUACAGGAGGUGAAACAUUCAGAGUUUUAAUUUAAGGGUCCUGAAACUCAGACAGAUUCUUCACACACUGAUGGAUUUCAAGAAUUUAUUUCCCUCCGUGUUACUGGUGCACACUUUUUCCCUCCACUCAACUUUCCAUUUAUAUGUAAUUAGGGCCUCCUGGUGGAAGGCGUCAGUAACUGCCUGCUGGUCCAAACCAGAACAUUCCAGUAAAAAGCCUUCUGAUUGGCCGGAUUUAAUGAUCGGCUUUCAUUCGGUCGUAAUCAGACGAAAAUGAAAAAGCAAAAGAAAUGCUUGAAAUUAGUCACAUUGUGUGUAAUGAAUUUAAUAUUUAAUAAUAUAUGGAACUGAAGACGAGCCGUUUUAUAAAGCUACAGACAAACAUUAUCAGGAAUAAUUUGGGCUAUUUCUAAGUUUUUAAAGUCAGAUUUUCAGCAUGUUGUCACUUCACUGACAAUCUCCCAGUUUCAAACCGUUUAGUUACUUUAAAUCUGUGACUGAAUGACAACAUGGUGAAAACAUGAUUCUGAAAAAUGAAUCCUAUUUUUUCCUUUUCCUACAAACUAAAUAACUCAGAUUAUUCCUGUUGCUUUUUGUUUGUGUCUCUAUAAACGUUACUUUAGUUUUUCCUCGGAGCAUCUUCAGGCUGAAUUAUGGAUCUGUCACCAUGGUGCCCCGGCGCCGCCCUCAGACCCGGAUGUGACGGGUUCUGUGGUCAGACGGGUCAUCUGCUCUGAACCUGGACCAGAACCGGAUCAAAGGUCUGCUCUGGUUCUGGUUCUGGACGAUUCCCAGUAGUUUGUUUUUGGAUCACAGCUGAUGAAAAACCAGAGUUUUAUUUUUCGUCUUUCCAGUAUUUAUUGAUAUCGUCGGGGUGUGUGUGCGUGUGUGUGUGUGUGUGUGUGUGUGUGUGUUCAGUCUAUGAUGUUUAAUAUGAAGUUGGGAAUCAAUCGGAUCAUCUCGGUGACCCAUAAUCAUUUUCCUAAAUCUACAUUCCGACUUUCCCAGCAGAAUCGUCUUAUGAAUUUUUCCCUUCUACGUUCAGAAGUUGUUGGCUUGCACUUUAUGAGUUUUAGUGUUACUGUUAUUUAGUUUGUUGUGUUUUCAAUUUCCAUGUUUCUGUGGACGUUCUGCCGAGCAUGCUGGCUGGUUCUGACCCGACUGUCUGGUGUUCUACAUGAUUCUAGUAGGAGGAGAGAAAUGCGGCUUUAAUCUGUAAGAUAGCAAAAAACAAAGAAAAAGAGUUUUGAGCCACAACAUUAUGACCACUGUCGUCUAGAACUGAAACUGGUUUCUAUGGCAACAGUUCACGAACGAGUCGUUUCAGAUCCAAUCAGUUCAGUUUCUUAUUUAACGGUUAAAAACCCAGCGGAGCGUCGAGCUUCUGAUCUAAAAGUUUAGAUCUGAACCAGGAAUCAUGAGCAGAAUAAUUCAUGUCUUUAAUUCCUGGUCAUAAUGUUUUGACUCGUCUGCUCUUCAUUGCAGCUAUAAAACAAAAUCUUUUCAGCUUCUGUUCAAACUUUUUACUGUUGUGAUGUUUUCUGUGCUUCGGGUUUUAAAAUGUUCUUUACUUUGAGCUUCGAACAAAAGAAAAGUAAAAAGUGUGAGGAUGAAAUCCUGGAGCUCACCCAGCAGCAGAUGAAGCACUGGACUCAUCUUAACUUUUGUAAAUUCAAUGUCAGAGACAUUAAAUAAGGACCACUUUUCUGUUGCUACAUAUCAUUUUUAUAAACAGCAUGACUGUAGAGGUAAAUAAUGUUUCAUGUCAGGAUUUUAAACCAGAUCAUCUUCAUAAACCUCUGAAAAUGAACGAGGAGGAAACGGCGAAGAAACUGUGAAAUGUUUGUUUUUGAAGCAGCUGAUCUGCAGAAACAUGCAGAUUAUAGAAAUAAUUAUGCAGCUGGAGAUGCACCAAUCAGAGAGCAGGAAAUCUGGAUCAUUCAGCCAAUCAGAGAGCAGGAAAUCUGGAUCAAUAAUGCAUUUAAUUCCUCAGUUUUAUCUUAGAUUUCUGUUUUCAGUCUCAAAAUGUAAAUUUAAGUUUGAGCUGAGAGAAAAUCCUGGUUGGUGCGUCUCUCACCUGACGCAGCUCUUCACUUCCACCCUGAACCUCAUGGGAUCAUGUCUAGCUGGUUUCCUUGCAGCUCAGAAUGGUCAUCCUGUCGGUUUUGCUGUAAGUCGUCUGCAGAGCUCCGACCUGCUGACCUGUUGACCUGCUGACCUGGAGCACACAGAGCCGCCUGGCGCCGCAGGAAGCUGCCACCCAAUCCAAACGCUCGGUUUUACUUUUCUACACUCUGAAGAUCCACAUCAUCCUGACCUGCUUGUUGUUUCCUUUGUGAUUUGAGUCGUUUGGUUUGACAAAAGAACAGAUGAUGAUCUGUCAGCAUGUUUGUUUAGAAUAGGAAGUGCCAAAGACUGCCGUGUCACAUCCUGGCCACCAUGGAGACCUUCAUGUACCGACGGUUCGUUUUCUGUCGCCAGAAAGAAUCAAUAAAGAAAACAAGAUCUGGCUUCAUAAA